GCUGGGAUUCCACCGUCUUACUUUCAAGGCUGGUGAGGAGCUUGUAUCUAUUUUCUAAAAACCCUCUAAUCUACCAAGGGACCUUCUCCCGCCAGCGCUCCAGUCUUCCUAAUCCUCACGUGCGCACUCUUCCGUUGUUGAUCUCCCCGAUAACUUGAGGGCGGCGCGGAACGCCAGAUUGACAAUACUUAUUAUUUCCGACAACGGGCGAGUUUCCCAGGUCGCCAAUAAAUAAUGGAUUUUUUGAAAUCCGCCGUCGCAUCGGCAAUCGCUAAGGGGAGCUCGUUCCCUUAUUCUCUUGGAGACCGGGUAGAUAAUGGAGAGUCCAUUUGGACACUGCAUAACGCCACGAAACGGGAUGACGGCUCCUCAUGCAGCGUAUUUACAUUCGAUAUUGCGGCAAAUAAAUCUCGACUUCCGCUGGCGAAAAACGCAGCACGGAAAUUGCGGACAUUGAGGCAUCCGGGCGUGAUAAAGGUGUUGGAUACGAUUGAGACGGAUGCCAAUAUCUACAUCAUCACGGAACGAGUUGCGCCAUUGUCCUGGCCUGUCAAACGGAGGAGUCUGAGCGAAGAGACGGCCAAGUGGGGGUUAUAUACGGUUGCGUCCACGCUUAAAUUUAUCAACGAUGAUGCAGCUUCAGUCCACGGUAGCGUGCGCGUGUCUUCGGUAUUCACAAGCGAGAGCGGAGAAUGGAAGCUCGGGGGGUUCGAUGUGUUGAGUUCUAUGAAGGAGGACGGUGCGGUGAUAUAUACGUAUGGUAGCCUCGUCCCCGAUGCAGCAAGAUACACGCCGCCAGAAGUCAAUAAGGGAGGUUGGGAGGCUAUCAAGAGUAACCCUCUUGCGGCUGUUGAUGCUUACGGCCUCGGUAUCCUGGUAUUCGAAGUACUCAACGGUAGCUUUACGGGCGCAGACCAGGUGGGCAAGACGACGAAUAUACCACCGAGCAUGCACCAAAGCUACAGAAGAUUAUGUACUGCGAACCCCAAAAUACGGCUGAGCCCAGGGAACUUUGUUGAGCAAGGAAAGAGGAGUGGCGGAUUCUUUGAGACGCCACUGAUUCGCUUGACAGAAGAUAUCGAAAGCUUGGGAUUGAAAAAUGAUGCCGAACGCGAGGAGUUUAUCAAUGAACUCGAUGAGUUAUCUGAUGACUUCCCAGAGGAGUUCUUCAAGAUGAAGGUCCUUCCGGAACUCCUCAAGUCCGUCGAGUUUGGCGGUGGCGGCCCCAAAGUUCUUGGGGCUAUCAUCAAGAUCGGUACGAAGCUUACAGCUGACGAGUACUCGACGAAACUCACGCCUGUAAUUGUUCGCUUAUUUGCAAAUCCCGAUCGAGCGAUCCGAGUCUGUCUACUGGAUAAUCUACCGUUGAUGAUUGAUAACAUACCGCAGAGGAUUGUCAAUGACAAAAUCUUCCCGCAAAUGACGUCUGGAUUCACGGAUGUUGCACCCGCCGUUCGAGAACAGACUGUCAAGGCUGUAUUGGCAGUCAUUGGGAAGCUCUCAGACCGCACGAUCAAUGGCGACUUGCUGAAGUUCCUGGCGCGUACGGCGAAUGAUGAACAACCUGGCAUUCGAACAAAUACGACCAUUUGUCUAGGAAAGAUAGCCAAAAACUUGGGCCAGAGUACACGUUCGAAAGUUCUUAUUGCCGCUUUCUCGCGCUCGCUCAGAGACCCUUUCGUGCACGCACGCAAUGCCGGCCUGCUCGCUCUCGGUGCGACUCUGGAGUACUUCACCCCAGAGGACGCUGCAGGCAAGAUCCUGCCCGCUGUUUGCCCAGCGCUGCUCGACAAGGAAAAGCUUAUCCGAGACCAGGCGAACAAGACUGUCGACUUGUAUCUACAGCAUAUUCGAAAGGAAGCGAACAAGAUGCCUGACACGACACUUCCACCACCCGGAGCUACGGAACAUGUCAACAACGCAGCUCGCAUAGGGACAUCUAACGACACCUCUUGGGCUGGCUGGGCGAUCUCCUCCUUCACGAACAAGGUCACUGCGACCAAGGGCGAAAUCCAGACUACCAAUGGUGAUAAGGCUGCCGUAGCAGAACCUGUCCGCCCGGCAUCCGUGCCUCGCCCGGCAAAGACCACAUUGGAAGUACCGUUGGUUCAGCCCCAGCAACCUACAACCCCGUCCCUUGGACGCUCUUUAUCGGAUCAACCAGUGACAGCACCUCGAGAAGAGGAAGAGGCGGACGAUGUGUACGACGCGUGGGGUGCUAUGGAUGAUGACGAUGACGGAGCAGAGCAGACAGGCGAUAACCUCCUCGAUGCAACAGCAACCCCCAAGGAUACUCUGAGCCCUGCUUCAACGAGGCCAACCACUGCAGCUUUUGAUGAUGGCGGCGAACCUGAUUUUGCUGGCUGGCUGGCAGCGCAGUCGAAAGCCAAGGCGAAGAAGCCAUUGCCCAAGGGCCUAAGCAAAUCGUCAUCGACCAAGGAAAUCCCUUCACGGCCAGCAACUACAUCGCGGACCGCGAGUACCAAUGCCAUAAAGACGAAACCCGUAGCAGCGCCCAAGAAGAUCGAUACGAAGCCCAAGGACGAAGCCGAGGAUGACGACUGGGGAGCGUGGGACUAGAGAACUUCUGGUGCGGUAGAUCAUCAUGGAUGGAUUUCUUUAUACUAGAUCUGGUCUUCAGCUUGGAUUCCGUACUGGGUCUUUGCAUAUAGCUUCUUUAUCGGCAUCGAGCGUGGAGUUUGGCGCGAUUGUUCUGUUUGGCGUGAGUUUGGUGACAUUUAUGUUGGUCCCGAAUAUAAUACCAUAAUAGUAUAGAUCUAUUCCCGCUUGGUAACAAUGUCUAUCGAAGUCUACUGCGAAUGGCACCCACUGGCUCCAUCUUGAAUGUUCAUUCUCCAGGUUUCGCCUACACAGUUAAUGAAUUACAUCUUAACAUGGGGUUUGGCCCCCAUGUCAUCGGGCUAAAUCGAGUUAGCUGC